UCGUGAGUGAUUUGUAUAGCGCAUAUUACUUUUUUUUGUUUGCGAAACUCAAUAGAAUUUUCCUUUUCCUGCGACAUGUCCUUAUGUCUUUAAUAUGCAAAAUAAGUAACAGUCAUGAAGUGAGCCAUCAAAUUUUUUUUUUUUUAAUUUAGUAAAAGGAAUUGUUAGUAACACCAUUCUGUUUUAAAAUCUACUCCAUGUGAAAAGCGUACGGUAGGACGGAAGUAUAAGCUCACUUACUCCUAACUACAGCUACUUCUGUUUUUUAUGGUUAUAAAAAAAAACUCUCCAAUCUUUUACCCGCUCCAUUCCAUCAUUCGUUAGAUAACGGUUAUUGGGAUGAUUCACAAAUCACUAUACAUUUUUGACUAAAAACUACAUUAUGAUAUUUUUCCUAAAUAAAAUGAAGUGUUUUGGUGAAAGUGGAAGCGGAUGUUUAUGUUAGUUCAUUUAUGACGAAAUUUUUAUAAGAAUUCGUAAACCAUAUCAAAUGUUCGUUUCCGCAAAGAAGUUUGAAUGUUAAAUUUUGUGUAUUAGAAAAAAUCAAGCGUAUAGUCAUGUACGUGUGCUCUAACAUUUUUAGUAAAAAUUUGCUACAACAAUUUCCAUUUGACACCAAUAGCGAGAAGCAUAUUGAUAAGAAAAGUAAAACAGCAAUGAUCAGUAGAACAGAUUCUUCAUCAAGAAAAUUCCUAGCUGACAUCAACAUGGAUAUUUAAAGGAUAGAAAGCAUUCUUUUAAAAACGAAAAAAUGUAUUUGUGGUUAACUGAAUCACAAAAUAAAACAGCUAAAACUUUUAAAGUACAAAAGAUUAUAAUGUGUAACUUUUAAUACUCUUAUUUACUAAAAGGUCUUUUACUAAAAUUACUAUAAUAGGAGUGCUCAGUACACAAUCAACGUAUAUAAAUCCAACAUUCUGGGAUAAUCUAUCAUUAACAAUUAAGCCUUCAUAGUUUGCACGUUAAUGUUAAACAAAUAUAACGACGUUGUUAGUGACACGUCGGAUUUAAGUAUUACGAGGGGAAAGGGUACAAUUGACUAUCAACAAUUGAUAAAAUCGCAUGAAACAAACUCUUCUCAAUUAUUGAAUCAUAAUGUGAAGGUUAUAGAAUCAGUUAUUGAUGAUUUACAGGAAAUUGUGAAAUCUAUUAGUGGUCAUUUUUCGUCCAAAGAAAACCCCUCUACUACCGCAUUACCUGCUAGUAGCAUUGCAACCAUCACACAAUUAAAUAAUACGAUUCCCAUGAAAUUGUCAAAACUACGAAGGCAUUAUCGGGAUAUUAAUAUUUUCGCACAUGAUUCUACGACGCUUACAGAUACUUUGAAAAGUCUGAACGUAAAAACAACUGAAGAACUUAUUGACUAUGAGCUUCAGUUAAGUGGAUUAGAAAAAAUUAUUAUACAAGAACAAUCGGAAAUUCCAACGCCUAAGUUCAAAGCUAUUGUACCUUUUUUCCAACGGAAAAAGAAGAAACCAAUAUCAAAUGAUACAGACACGUGUUCUAAUGCUAUAACAAAUACUGAGAAAGAAAUGAAAGGGUGCCAAGAUGAAGUGGUCAUGAAGGAAAACAAACUUGUACUAAAAGAGGAGCAACAUAUGCUCAUUGAAUCUUUAGAUUCUACUCUUAUUCAAAAAGAUGUUGAAAUGAGUUGUGAAGACAACGAUGAAGUUAUUGAUAUGGAUGAUCCAGCACUGAAUUCACAGCCUCUUGAGAAAUAUUACUUGGACUGGUUAAAAGCUUAUCUUGUUCGAAGAACCCAAGAAUGCGCGGAAAUAGAGUCAGUGAAGAGAUCUCGUCAUGUAGCUGAAGAAAAAGUUAAGGUGUUUCAAAAGUCUGAAGCAGAGUUAGCUUCAAGGCUUAGUCCAUUAGAAAAAGAACUAGCGAAAUUUACAGGAACCAUCAACCGGACAAGAGCUCCUGCUGCUGCUUUAUCAGGAGUCAAGCAAACACCACUUUCAGUUUUCCCUUCGAAAGCUUACUCAUUAUCUACUCCAUUACUAACACUUUUCACAAAAUUCUUUUGCUACAAAUCUGUCAAUAGUGAUGGAGGAAUUGAGUUACGACUUAACUUUCAAGCCACAUCUAAAAGUAAUGAUCCACUAUUUGAAUGUGACACUGGACGUCUUCAAGUGUUAGUUGAUAAAGCAACGACUUGGUUACCUCCAAUAUCUUUUUCAAAAACUGCUUCAUUAUUUCCUUUAAAUAUUCGAUUUAGCUAUUUUCCAAAACUCAAUUUAGUGAGUGCAGUUUGCCAGUUUCCACGCGCUAUAGGAUCUGAUUCCUCUUUUUUAAGCGAUUUAUUUUUUUCUGACGAUAAUGGUUGUUUAUCUCCCAAUCCUCUUCAUCAUAUAGCCAAAGAUUUUUCGCAUUUAAUGGCUUCUAUGGAUGAACAGAAUGAAAAAUCCACAAGCGUUAAAGAUUUUCAAACGUUACCUUACGCUAUAUGCUCUCGCAUAUCCGAACGCCAAGCUGGCCGACCGUAUCGUUGGGCUCAACAAUUAGCUGAUAACGCUUUUAGUGUAGAUGCGACUUCGGUACCUAAUUUUACAAUGUUCACAGAAAAACUUCCCAUUGUUACUGCUGGAAAUUUCGUUAAGCUUUUUCGAUUAAGAGCUGCGCAUAGGUCGUGGAGUAUUUAUAUUGAGGAAUCAUUAAGAGAAAACCCUCAAAGGUUCCCUCCUCGUGGAGUUAAUUUACCUGCAGGAUUAGACGUGAGAGAUGUUUUUGCUACAUCUGUGUUUACCGCUUUUUCCAGUUCUUCAUUCAAUGAAUUUGUCUCAAAGGGUGGAUCAUCAAAAUUCCAGGAUAUUGAAGCUUCAUAUCUGAGCGCAGAGCUCAAUGUACAAGCUGUUGUUUUUAUUGUUUUGAUUGCUGUCCCAGCAUACGGAAGAAGGGCUUCUGACUUAUGUUUUUACAUUAAAGAAGUUAAAAACGAUAUAGCUGAUGAUCAAGGAGUGUUCAUGUCGCCUAAUAUUUUUUCACUAGGAAGAAAAUUUUUAUUUAGUGAUGGAAAACAUCGAAAAGACACAACUAUUCUUAGUCAUGAAGAAAUCGCCAACUCAGCUAGUGUUUGCCUGUGCGAUCAAGAUAAGGAAUUAUUUGAAAAGUGGAUUCAAUUGCAUAAGGAAGUAGUUGAAAAAUUAAUGACAAUGGAUGAUACAAAGUAUAAAAAAAGCGUACCACGCAGCGUCAUGGAUGUUUUAAAUCAAAUUUAUCCAACAAGUUCAUGUACCACUAAUUGUAACGUUUCCCCAGAGCGACCCUUUUUGCAUUUUUAUGAAAAAUCUCUUUCUGACAUUCAAACAAAUGUCAAUACAACAAUACCUGAAAAGUUUGCAGCUGACAAAAAUAAUGAUCAUUUUUCAAUUAUCCUAGUAAUACAGCUCUAUUAUCUCGUGUUUUACAUAAACAAUUGGGUUAAAGAUGUUAAGCAUCACAAAUUCAUUCCGUUAGCUCCAAUACAUGCCAAUCAAACGACGAGUGUCGAUUCAUGAUCCAAAAAUGCAUAAAACGUCGAGAAAAGAACUCCAAAUCUACUAUAUCUAUUUACUACUACACCCAUAUAAAUUGAAAUGCAUAGCUUUGUAGUCAUUGAAGAAAGCUAAGUAAAAGAAUGUACUUUUUUUUUAAAUGGAUGACUCGUUAACUCUAGUCUAUAGAUUGAUUUUUUUUUAAAUCUUCUUUCAACUAAGGUUUAUUUGAAAUACUCCUCACAAGUUUUCUUUAAUCUAAAAUCAAAAUUUUUUUUUUAUCUAGUACAAAUCAUCAGUAGACAUUAAAAACAAAUAGAAGGCAAUAUUAAAAAACUUUUAUUCAAAAAACAAUGGAAAUCAAAAUUGAAUUGUGUAGAUACUAUUUUCCGCUUAAAUUUUUGGUUUUUUAAGGCUGUUACAGUAAUGUCGUUGUACUCGAGUCCAUUGCAACACAUUUAUUUACCUUUGUUGUUUCUUUUUGUACAGUUGACAUAAUAGUAUAUGUUCUAGUCUUCAAAGUGAUGCAUUAGUAAUUUGUAUAGUAUUUAUGCAUUAAUUUCGGAAAUUGAUUCAACUAAAAUAAAAUUAGUGAGUUGUAGUGAGUGUUUUAUGGUAUUGUGUUGAAAAUAUAGGUAUGAAUUUGGUGGAUCAAGCUCAAAAAUAGAAGAACGGCGAACUUCCAGUUUUGCUCGAAGGCAUCCAGUGUCGGAAUGAUUACCGGUACCCCUUCUACAUAGUUGAGUUUUAAUUUUUUCAAACCGUGUGCAUUAAAAUACAUGCUUUUUAACUAUUGUCUUAAAUUUGUCAAUCGACAUGCAUUGCCUUGUUGUUUUUUUUUUAAAUAUUUUCAAUUUGCAACAAAGCCUUUGGAACAAGAAGGAAGUAAGCUGAUAACCUUUGUUAAAUAAAGUUGUAUGAAUAACAGGGUACUUAUGGAGCGAGCAAAAGAGAGGUAGAAGGAAAAAAAGGUUGUUUUACUUUUUACAGUUUUUGAAUACAGUAGUACAGAGAAGUACGCAAAAUGUAACUUUUGUAUCGAGUUAGGAUAGAAAAAUCUUCUACUCUGUUUUCGUUUCCACAAUAAAAAGUAGGUGCAACCUAAGACUGAUCAUAAAAAGACAUUUAAAACCCUAA